AUGUCCGCUGUUGGAGUUCAAAGCGUUUCCAAACUACUGCUAGAAAGUUAUGCAACGGUCGCAGCCUUUUCGCUGAUGAUGUACGAUUAUGUUUUGAAAUUAGACUCUGAAGUAGACCUUAUAUGGCUUCGAUACAUUGGGAUGUGCUACGGGAUCGCUCCACAGCACGAGGCUAUUACUUGGCGUCCCUCUUCCAUGGUCAGGGAAAAUGUGGGUAUAUUAUCCGUCCACGUCUAUUGUGACCGUGCAACUAAGCAGGCCCUCGCUUUAGUGAAUAUUUAUGCGUUAUACGCAAUAACUCAGGUCGUUUCUAUAGCAUUGGUACAAGGUAUCUGGCUCUGGCCCUCUCGAUUGAUGGCUAUGCGAGUAUACUGCCUACUCGCAAAGCCCAAAGGACUCCUUCCGAUCCUGAUCGUGGGCUUCAUUGCAUCGCAAUCACUCGCCAUUAUGGGAUUUGUGGUCGCAGUGAGAUUUGACAACAAUAUGGAGAUGUAUGUCUUCAAUGGCCUUCACAUUUCGAUUCCCUCUGACCAUCCUGACCGAGCGUGGGUGGUCCCGACCAAGAAUGGUGCUAUGCUUGCGUAUCAGCUACUUCUUACUGUGCUAGUUCUGUGUUAUGCUUGGAAGCGUCUACCACGUCGCUUUUGGAAAGCCCCUGUAUUUUCUGCGGGGACAUUGGCUGAAGCAGUCAUCUACGGUAACCUAGUGUACUUUGCUUUGGCGGUAACGCAACUUGGCCUUGCAGCUUUCACAUUUGUGCCUGAAUCCGAUGGUUCUGUUUCUUACCUGCGUUCGCUCCAAAUGUUCUCCUUCCUGUGGAUAUGCAUGGCAGGACCGUGCAUGAUACUAGGGCUCCGCCGCAGGAGUGAGGCGGACGUAGAUGGCGGGAGUUUCGCCAUUACCAAGGCCACGGAGAUGCGAUUUGCGAGGGACUCUUUGCACAGUAUAGACAUUGGCAUGGAUAUGGGCAAUGCAUAG